AUGUCUAAUUUCAUCUCCAAGAAGUUAGCAAAUGCCCUCGCCAUUCGUCCAAAUCCAGUAGACAUCGCGGUAGCCGGAAUAGGAGAUUCUGUAAAGCAAAUAAAGCAACAAAUAUCAGCCACCGUCAGAUCAAGAAUGAACAAUUUCUCAACCACUCUCGAGUUUCUCGUAAUGAAAAAACCUACUGCCAAUCUGCCAACUGCAUCCCUCAGCACAACCCCAUGGAAAAUCCCAAACGUUCAACUCGCGGAUCCCCAUUUUAACGAGCCAGGACCAAUCGACAUCAUAAUUGGAGGCGAAUGUUAUCACGAAAUACACACUGGUAAACGCAUAUCACUAGGCAGUGAUUUACCCUUGCUAAUUGAAACAGUGUUUGGGUGGACUGUUUCUGGGAAAGUGCCAAUCAAAUUACCGUAUACUCCGCCUGUUUGUUAUAUAUCCAAUAUCGACAAAGCACUGGAUACCGAACUCCAAAGAUUCUGGGAGCUAGAAGCCGUAUACCAAGGUCCGUUGCAUUCCGCUGAAGAAAGAAGAUGUGAAGAAAUCUAUGCUAGCACCACCACUCGAGUUCAAUCCGGAAGGUUCGUUGUUCGCCUUCCUCGGUCCGAAGAUCCGCAAGUCACCCUUGGCGAUUCGCGCGCGAUUGCCAUACGACGUUUCUAUAGCCUAGAAAGACGCCUCGAAAAAGAUUCCACUGUAAAAAUAGCCUACCUCAAGUUUAUGGAGGAAUAUGCCAACCUCCACCACAUGCGAAAGAUCGAUCCUGUUUGCGAUGCUAAGCCGCAUUGCUAUUUGCCGCAUCACCCAGUAUUCAAAGAGUCGAGCACCACCACCAAAGUACGCGUGGUGUUUGAUGCCUCGUGUAAGACCAGCUCUGGAUUCUCGUUAAACAACACCCUACUUGUCGGCCCAGUAGUGCAACAGGAUUUACUCUCGAUCGUGAUACGAUUCCGGCUCCGUUGUGUAGCACUCGUCGCAGACAUCGAGAAGAUGUACCGUCAAAUUGAGGUACACCCAGACGAUCAAUCACUUCAACGUAUUUUGUGGCGUGCGAGCCCCUCAGAUCCUAUUGAUACCUAUGAACUUUGCACAGUUACGUACGGAACUGCCUCCGCUCCAUACCUGGCCACCCGUACGCUGCUUAAACUGGCAGAAGAAGAUGGACACAUGUAUCCAGGCGCGGUUGAAGCCGUAACUUCUACGUAG